AUGAUGUGUUGGAAGAUCCUGAGGAUAAGCCUGGUGGUCCUGGCUGGGUGGGCAUGCAGUGCUGUCAACUCAGAGCUAGACUGGACACGCAAGAGAUCUUUGACCCAGAGGGGACACCUGAAUCAGAUGCUCUUGGAAGGGGAACACUGUUGGCUGGGAGCCAAGGUUCGAAGACCCAGAGCUGCUCCCCAGCACCACCUCUUUGGUAUCUACCCUAGCAGACCUGGCAACUACUUGAGGCCCUAUGCUGUGGGGAAGCAGGGACCCCAAUACACAGGAUGGAAUAAAUCAGACAUCAAGGGACAGGCUCUGAAAUCUGUUCCCCAAGACCUGACUGAAAACCCAGCAGGAGUAAGGAGGGAGGCUGAGCAACCAGCUGCCCCGUGGGUAGGGGAUGGUCCUAUUGGGCAAUCAGAGCUGCUGAGAGAUGAUGACACUUAUCUUGGCAACAGAAGAUUCAAGGAGUCUCUAGGUGAGCCUGUGACUCAGGGAAGCUCAGAAGCUGCUGCCUCCACUGCCACCACCUUCACAUACCCAAAGGAACCCACAGCAGAGCCCCUGAGGAAGGGCCAGACCAGGCCCAGACAUCAUCGCCGAGUACUGAAGAGGCAGGCAGAAUAUGUGCCGGGAGACCCCCAGGAUACGGCUUCUCGUUUCCAGUCUUUACCUAAGGACCUCCUUAAGCAUGGGGAUAGUGACAGUCCAUUGGAGGUUACCAUCCAAAAUGGUGGAGGGGGCUCUGCCUGGGGAGCAGAGACCUUUAAUCCCCAAGGAGGAUUGCCUGUGCUGUACUUCUCUGGGAGGAGGGAGCGGCUGCUGAUGCGUCCACAAGUGCUGGCUGAGAUUCCCCGGGAGGCAUUCACAGUGGAAGUCUGGGUGAGACCAGAGGGAGGACAGAGCAAUCCAGCCAUCAUUGCAGGUGUGUUUGAUAACUGUUCCCACACAAUCAAUGACAAAGGCUGGGCCUUGGGGAUCCGCUCAGGGAAGGAAAAGGGAAGAAGAGAUGCUCGCUUUUUCUUCUCCCUCCGUACUGACCGUGUGAAGAAAGCCACCAUUGUGACUGGUCAUAGCCGCUACCAGCCAGGCACAUGGACUCAUGUGACAGCCACUUAUGAUGGACAGAACAUUGCUCUGUAUGUGGAUGGCACUCGGGUAGCUAGUAGUUCUGAUCAGUCUGGACCCCUGAACAGCCCUUUCAUGGCAUCUUGCCGCUCUCUGCUCCUGGGAGGGGACAGCUCCGAGGAUGGGCACUAUUUUCGUGGAUACCUGGGCACGUUGGUCAUCUGGUCGACUGCUCUCCCCCAAUCCCACCUCCAGCACAGUCCCCAGCAUCCAGGUGGAGCAGAGGAGCUGAACACCCUGAUCCUGACAGCCACUUUUGACCCUCUGACCGAACAGUGGACCCCUUUUAGAGAUGAGACUUAUCCCCGGCUAGAGGUUCUGCAUGACUCGGAGUCACAACCCGAGAUUCUGUCACCUCUGCAGCCUCCACCUUGUGGGCAAACAGCUUGUGACAAUGUAGAACUGAUCUCCCAGUACAACAGACAUGGGCCCCUUCGGGGAGAGAAAGUGAUCCGCUACCAAGUGGUGAACAUCUGUGAUGAUGCAGGUCUACAUCCCAUUGUGAGUGAGGAGCAGAUCCGCAGGCAGCAUGAGGCACUGAACCAAGCUUUCAGCCGCUACAACAUCAGCUGGCAACUGAGUGUCCAUCUGGUCCACAACUCCACCCUGCGCCAUCGGGUUGUGCUUGUGAACUGUGAGCCCAGCAAGAUUGGCAAUGAUCACUGUGAUCCCGAGUGUGAACACCCACUCACUGGCUACGAUGGGGGUGACUGCCGCCUGCAGGGCCGCUGUUACUCCUGGAAUCGCAGGGACGGGAUUUGUCACGUGGAGUGCAAUAACAUGCUGAACGAUUUUGAUGAUGGAGACUGCUGUGAUCCUGAAGUGACUGAUGUGCGCAAGACCUGCUUUGACCCCGACUCACCCAAGAGGGCAUACAUGAGUGUAAAGGAGCUGAAGGAGGCCUUGCAGCUCAAUAGUACACACUUCCUCAAUGUCUACUUUGCCAGCUCGGUGAGGGAAGACCUGGCAGGUGCUGCCACCUGGCCUUGGGACAAGGAAGCUGUCAGUCAUCUGGGUGGCGUUGUCCUCAAUCCAGCUUAUUAUGGCAUGCCUGGCCAUACCAACAUCAUGAUCCAUGAGGUGGGGCAUGUCCUGGGACUCUACCAUGUAUUCAAAGGGGUCAGUGAAAGAGAAUCCUGUGAUGACCCCUGCAGAGAGACAGUGCCAUCCAUGGAGACAGGAGACCUCUGUGCUGACACUGCCCCCACCCCCAAGAGUAAGCUGUGUCGGGACCCAGAGCCAGCUAAUGAUACUUGCGGCCUCACCCACUUUCCAGGGGCUCCAUUCAGCAACUACAUGAGCUAUACAGAUGAUGAGUGCACUGACAGCUUCACCCCUAACCAAGUGGCCCGAAUGCAUUGCUAUUUGGACCUUGUAUACCAGCAAUGGAGUGAAAGCAGAAAGCCCACACCUAUUCCCAUCCCACCCAUGGUUAUUGGGCAGACCCACAAGUCCCUGACUAUCCAUUGGCUACCUCCUAUUAGUGGAGUUGUAUAUGACAGGGCCCCUGGCAGUGUUUGUGGUGCCUGCACUGAGGAUGGAAUGUUCAGUCAGUAUGUGCACAAGGCAUCCUCCCGGCGGGUGUGUGACUCUUCAGGUUACUGGACUCCAGAGGAGGCCGUGGGGCCUCCUGAUGUGGAUCAGCCCUGUGAGCCUAGCUUGCAGGCCUGGAGUCCUGAGCUCCACCUGUACCACAUGAACAUGACUGUGCCCUGCCCAGCAGAAGGUUGUAGCUUGGAGCUGCUCUUCCAACACCCAGUCCAAGCUGACACCCUCACCCUCUGGGUCACUUACCUCUCCAUGGAUUCCUCCCGGGCACUGUUUGAUACAGAGAUCUUGCUAGAACACAAAGAUUCUGUGCACCUGGGACCUUUAAACAUUUUCUGUGACACGCCGCUCACCAUCAAACUUCAUGUGGAUGGAAAGGUUUUGGGGGUGAAAGUCUACACCUUUGAUGAACGAAUGGAGAUUGAUGCUGCGCUCCUGACUUCUCAGCCCCAUAGUCCCUUGUGCUCUGGGUGCAGGCCUGUGAGGUACCACGUUCUUCGGGAGCCUCCUUUUUCCAGUGGCUUGCCCAUGGUGGUGACACAUCCUCACAGGAAGUUCACAGACAUGGAGGUCACUCCUGGACAGAUGUAUCAGUACCAAGUUCAAGCUGAAGCUGGAGAAGAACUAGGAGAAGCUUCACCUCCUCUGAAUCACAUCCUUGGAGGUCCUUACUGUGGAGAUGGAACGGUGACAAGGAAUCUGGGAGAAGAGUGUGAUGAUGGAGACCUACUGAGUGGAGAUGGGUGCUCAAGAUCAUGCAAACUAGAGGAAGGUUUCAAUUGUGCAGGAGAACCAAGCCUUUGCUACAGGUAUGAGGGAGAUGGGAUUUGUGAGGCUUUUGAGAAAGAAACCAGCAUCAUGGAUUGCGGUCUCCAUACCCCUGAAGGAUACAUGGAUCAAUGGGCUACCCAGGCUUAUUCUUCUUAUGAAGACAAGAAGAAAUGCCCUGUUUCCUUGGUGACAGGAGAGCCACGUUCCAUGAUUUGUACUUCAUAUCAUCCAGAUUUAUCCAAACGUCACCCCCUUACUGGCUGGUUUCCCUGUGUCUCCAGUGUGAAAAAUACACAGAAUGAAGGGCGUGAGCAGCGUGAAGGUAGCCUGCAGAAGGAUAAGGAGAUUUGGCUUGAAGUGUGUUUCGAUAGACCAAGAGUUGCAAUGGCAAUUUUCCUUUUCUUGGCAUCUGAUGGCCUGGGCCCUGGGGAGCAUCAGCGGCCAACAGUGACCCUCUACUUGACUGAUGUCAGUGGAAGCAACCACUCUCUUGGAACGUAUGAACUGUCAUGUCAGCAUAACCCACUGGUUAUCAAUGUGAGCCGUCAUACAAAUGUCCUCUCCCAUCGUACCUCCUCCAUGUUGCUGAAUUUCUCAUCCCCAUUGGUGGGCAUCUCAGCAGUAGCUCUAAGGACAUCCUCCCACAUCAGUCCUUCAGCUCUCAGUAACUGCAUUCCAGAGCAAAAUCAUCAGGGACAGAGCUGUGUCCGUCAGUCAUGUGGGGAACAGGGCAGCUGUGUGCCAUUGCUGCUUGAUCAUGUGGACAUGGCAAAUUGUACCUCUAGUGGCCCAGGUCACAUGAAGUGUGUUAUCACCUGUCAAAGGGGGUUUGCCCUACAAACCAGCGGUGGGCAGUACCUCAGGCCCAUACAGAAGAAGAUUCUCCUCACUUGUUCUGCUGGGCACUGGGACAAAGAUGUGAGCUGUGUGCGCCUUGACUGUGGUGUCCCUGAUCUGUCCUUGGUGAACUAUGCCAAUUUCUCUUGUUUGGAGGGCACUGACUUCCUGAAACGUUGUUCUAUCACCUGUGUCCCACCAGCCAAGCUCCAAGGACUGAGCCCAUGGCUGACCUGUCUGGAAGAUGGGCUCUGGUCUCUUCCUGAAGUCUACUGCAAGUUGGAAUGUGAUGCCCCUCCCGUUAUUCCAAAUGCCAACCUGCUCCUGCCAAAUUGCCUCGAGGGCAACCACGACGUGGGCACCAUCUGCAGAUAUGAAUGCAAACCAGGUUACUACGUGAUGGAAAGUGCAGGGAGUCAAGCCAGGAACAAGUUCCUGAAGAUACAAUGUCUAGAAGGUGGGAUCUGGGAGCAAGGCAGCUGCAUCCCAGUAGUAUGUGAGCCUCCUUCUCCUGUUUUUGAAGGCAUGUAUGAAUGUACCAAUGGCUUCAAGCUGGAAAGUCAGUGUGUGCUCAACUGUAACCAGGAAAGUGAAAGGCUUCCCAUCCUCUGUACUAAAGAAGGACGGUGGACCCAGGAGUUCAAGUUGUGUGAGAACCUGCAAGGCGAAUGCCCACCACCCACCUCAGAGCUGAAUUUCGUGGAGUAUAAGUGUGAACAGGGAUAUGGGAUUGGUGCCGUGUGCACCCCAUCAUGUGUAAUCCCUCCUAGCGACCCUGUGAUACUGCCGGAGAAUGUGACUGCUGACACUUUGGAGCACUGGAUGGAACCUGUCAAAGUUCAGAGUAUCGUGUGUACGGGACGGCGUCAGUGGCAUCCAGACCCCUCCCUGGUCCACUGCAUCCAGUCGUGUGAGCCUUUCCAAGCAGAUGGUUGGUGUGAUACUAUCAACAACCGGGCCUAUUGCCACUAUGAUGGGGGAGACUGCUGCUCUUCCACACUGUCCUCCAAGAAGGUCAUUCCAUUUGCUGCUGACUGUGACCUGGAUGAAUGCACCUGCAGAGAUCCCAACGCAGAAGAAAAUCAGUAACUGUGGGACCAGAGCCCCUCGCUCCUCUGCCCUGGAGGCAGACUGAGAGAGAGGCUCCCGCAGCACAAAGCAAAAGGCAGAUGAAGAAGACAGGUGGGAAGGUGGAAGAAGGAGAGUCUGUAUCAGAGCCUUUACAAAAUGUAAGGGAGUGUUUAUAGGUGCAGGGCAAUGCAUCAAGUAGCCCAAGUAGGGAAGAAUUAGAGGCAGAAGGUUCUUUAAAGGAGCAGUUGAUUAAAAGUAGAAGGGGAAAUGUGAUAGAGAAGCAGGACCCUCCCCCAUCUGUAUUGUACUCCAUCCCUUCUUCAACUCUUGCUCUACUCCCCACUUUGUACCCAGCCAACAGCUCAGCACCACCCAAUGUGUAAACCAACAUCAAAAUAUUAGAAGAGAAGCUGCCAGGGACACUGUAUGAAUACCCACUUCAGAUGGACUGUCAUCUUUCAGGACUCAUCUACUCUAAAC